GUAUAGAUCGGAACAUUUUCUGGCCCAUCAUAUACAUCUUGGCAGUGAAAUCGUGUUAUGUGGUAUACAAUAGUUAUUAACCGGACUAUCAUUUCAAGUAAUGCUGCUGUUCAACGGAUGCUUUCUGAAUAAAGGAGUAAAAAUACAUACUGCUCAUAAAAAGUACCAUGAUGUAUAUAUAAAAAUAAUGCGAGGUUUUUAUGUUCGUUUCAUAUGUUGAUAUGUGUGAUUGCUUUUUGGAUUAGCGGUAACUUCAUAAUGCCUGUAGUUUCAAUUGAGCGAUUUUUAGAACCGCUGAGACAGUUCUAUGCUGUGAGUGCCAUUUGAAAAUUGUCCUCCUAUUUUAUUGGACGAAAUCCCACUAACACUGCAGCCAAUGGGUGAAUAGAGUGUUGCUAUAAGAGGGACACUCCUCUAUUCUGUGUUAUUCUUUUUUUCUUCCUCAUACAACUAGAGUGAAAAUGAGUGGACGGGGCAAGACUGGCGGUAAGGCGAGAGCGAAAGCAAAGACUCGUUCGUCGAGGGCGGGACUGCAGUUUCCAGUAGGUCGCGUUCACCGAUUGCUACGUAAAGGAAACUAUGCUGAGCGUGUUGGUGCUGGCGCUCCAGUAUACUUAGCUGCCGUGCUGGAGUAUCUAACUGCUGAGAUUUUGGAGCUGGCUGGUAAUGCGGCCCGCGACAACAAGAAAACUCGCAUCAUUCCCAGACAUCUGCAGCUGGCAGUGCGUAAUGACGAAGAGCUGAACAAACUGCUUGGAGGCGUUACUAUCGCCCAGGGCGGAGUACUGCCCAACAUCCAAGCUGUUCUGCUCCCCAAGAAAACCGAAAAAGCAGUGAAGGCAAAGUAAUUUCUGUUGCUUUCACGAGGACCAUUCUCCCAAAGGCUCUUUUAAGAGCCACCAAGUCUGUAUCAAAUACGCAAAACUACCAUUUCAACCAAUUCGACUUCAUGAUACUUUGUCUUGUUGUAUUGCCCAGUGCCGAUACUUCAUUCAUGUGGGGCCUGGGAACCAUCGUACCCCGGUUUUUGCAAUCGCACGUGUGGCCGGUAAACCAUAUGACAAAACUGAAAAUGUGAUGCUGUCCAAACCACAAAGUAUCUUAUGAGCCACUUAAAAUGUGUCUGAGCAAAUCUCUCCAGGUUAUAAUUGCGUGUGUCUGUGUGAUUUGUGUUUAGGAGAGAAUAUGUCACGCUCCAGUGUAGUUCAUGGAAUGACUGGUUAUUCUCUCCUAUCGGUGAGCGUGUAGGUGUCUCAAAUUGUAUUUUUUGUUGCGUGGAUUCACUUUAUGUACCCAACUGACUGAAUUAAAAGCAACUCUCCAGUCCCUCGUCAGAAAUGAAAUGACGGUUCAACCUGAUUGAAAUAUGCCAGGAAUAAACUUGAUGGAUACAAACUUGAUGGAUACAAUCAACCAUUUUUCUUAUGAUCGAAAGGAAUAUCUAUAGUUAUUUUAGCAACCACCUACAAUAUUCUUGUUAUGGACAUUUUUUACUUCCACCCAGUUUAGUAUUUCCGUGGUCUGAAAUACACGCAUUUGUGGCAGCCAGUAAAUCAGUAGGAAUAUUCGAUGCAUUUCAGUCAUUCUUUGAAGUGGUAGUGAAAAAAGGCCCAAUGGACACCUUUGAAUUUGUAAUUUACUUUAGUGAUAAUGUGAAUUUUGUAACAUUUAAUUUCCUCCAAUAAUUGUCUUUGUUACGCAUGUGGAAAUAAAGCAUGGGGGGGGGGGGG